AUGGCGGCGGCAAAAGAGACCAAGCAAGCGGCAGCCCCGAGCGGAAAGCGCCGGAGGGGCCUCCAUCACUCGGCUUCGGAUCCCCGGACCGUGGCGCGGCUCGCGGCGAGACCGUGGCAUCCUGGGGCUCUUACCUGCCCGAAGCGGACUCGAGGGGAUGCGGCUACACGUUCUGCUCGACCGCCUGUUUUGCCGCCUCCGCCUCGCCCUCCCCAGCGCCGCUGCCGCCAUCUUGUGUCCCGGGCCGGGACUCCGCGCUGCGCAUGCGCCGGGACCGCCUCUGAGGGACCUGGCCGCGGCCGCGCCGCCAUCUUGAGUGUGGCAGAGUCGGCUGGCGGCCCGGGCCUGGCUGGGUUUCGGCCCCCUCCCCUUCCUCUGGCCCUUCUCCGCGCUCCUCCGUAG